AUGCUACGCAUCAGGGUCUACUACGUCGCUACCAACAAUGUCCUGGUCGAAUUAGCUUGGAACGGCACGAAGUGGGUUAACGGAUAUCCCUUCCCUGCGUCCGAUUACACAGUUGCCGAUGGGAGCAACUUGUUGUAUGCCAGAGUCAACAGCAACACUGGCUCGACUACUGACAUCCAUGUCGGAUUCCAGCAGCAGGGCUCUGCGGCCAUCGUGGAGGCACACCAUGUCGGCCCGGCGAAGGAGUGGGUUUUGGAAACGCUGCAGUGA